GGAAAAGAGAACCCGAUUAUGAAUUAUUCCAUGGGUUCUGAUAUGGGUUUGCUAAGAAUAUCGGUUGCCUUUGAUAUGUGUUUUGUAUAUGAAAUAUUUUUUCCCUAGGCUUGUAGCUAUUUGUUUUAAUCACCUUCAUUCUACAUUGUUUUGUGUAAUUCUAUUCCCAAGUCCCCUCCCUCAUUACACUGGACGGGCGUGCUUCGACCGUGUCACCUGCUUCAAAUGGAGCUUUCAGAAAGCCCUGCUGACUGAUAGGAAUUCUGGGGAGAGCAAAAACACCAGGUGUUUUCCUUUUCAUGCUUACAGAGUUUUGAAAUUUUAAACAUCCUAUCAUAAUUCGUUGUGCCUGAUGAUCGAGGAUAAGACCAAUUUACCAGUGAGCUCGGUAACUCAUUUUAAAGAAGGCUCGUCUGGAAGAAAACCAGAUAAUAUCAGCAGAGGGAAACCAAGAAUUUCGACUAACGAGCACAAAGUUCUUCCAUUCUAUCGCAACCAUUCAUCUAAUGAUGGAAGUAUUUCGAGAAGGCUAUCUACUGGAACUGUAGAGAAAGGUCAAGAUAUUCUCCCUCAUUAUCUGAGGGCUUCAGCUGGUUCUUGCCACGACUUGUGUAAAUAUGGAAGGAAACAUUCUUUUGAAGAAGAGUCGAAGUAUCCUCUAUCAAAAAGAACUAACAAACCACCUGCCGAUGAGCCAAUAAAACUUACAAUGGUGAAACGACCAUCUUUGCCUAAGACUCUAGAAGGCGUAGUUGCAAGAAGCAGAAGAAACAGUGAUGUUAGUCUUAGAAAAGAAAAGAUGGUACCAAAAGCAUCUGUAAUUAAGUAUUUGAAGUCCCAAGCUGGUUCAUCGGCUCCUCUGAAAAACCAAAACAAGAUACAGAAAGAUGGAACCAACAAAUUUAAUGCUGUAAAGGUAUCUAAGAAAACCAUGCAUGUUAUCAAUUUGGAAACUGAGAAAAACCUUUUAGAGCCUGAACAGGACGGUAACAUAAUGUUGUCACUUCAACUGCCAUCAAUUUCAUUUCCCGAAUCCUUGUCCAAACCACACUCUCCUUUGUUAUCUAAUGAUGAAGAAAAAGAAGAGGAGAUUGACUGCGUGGAAGAUGAGCACACAUCUUGUGAAGCAUUAACCACAGCUGACAUAGAAACUGUAGGAAAAAGUCAGAAAAAGAUCUUGAGCAAGGGCAAGGCAGGUGUUUCCGAAUAUAAUGAUACUUCAGUUGUGAAACUGAAGUUCAAGAGGGGGAAGGUAAUCGAUGGCAAUGAAAGCUGCACCAAUCCUAAAUCAGGAAAAGUUGUUUUGAGGCAUCAAGAUUUGCAGGAGAAGAAAGAUGCUCAGGUUUUGCUCAAUGAUGUGAUUGAAGAGACGGCAAGCAAGCUUGUUGAAAGCAAGAAGAGCAAGGUUAAAGCUUUGGUUGGUGCUUUUGAAACUGUAAUUUCCCUACAAGAGAAUAAGCCUUCUGCACUCAUAGUUUCUUGAUUAACAAACAUAAUUUCCUUAAUCCCUGUAAAUAGUGAUUCAUAUAGAACUAAUUUCAUGGUAAUGGAAGAUAAUGAGCUUUUCUGA